AUGUCAGACAGAGUAGCAUCCACAAACAAGUCACAAUACCUCUUUUCCGAGGUCACUAUUGAACAUGUCCGUGGAGGUUCUACCAAUGAUCUUCUCCUAAUACCAUCCUCGGCUUCAACGAGCGCUUCUUCCAAUAGUAGUGGUACUACUACUCUUGUGAAUUCAUUGAUUCCUUCUCAUUGGGUCGUUUCCGAUCGUAAGAAGAAAUCACUUUCAGAAUUUAUUCAAAAACUCAAUCAUUCUGACAACAACAAUAAUCAUGACACGACAGAACCAUCCUCUCAUGUAGAAUAUAAAAUUGAACCCGAAAAGUUUUUCGAUCCAUGGAUUGGCAUCACACACGAAAAAUCCAUGAGCGAUUAUUUCUCGAUAUUGAAACAAUUACCAAAUCGACCUAGUGUUCCUUCAGAUGAAGAAUUACCUCAGUUACAACCUCAAUGGGAUUUAUUAUUUCAACCUCAUCCAUUCCAUACAGUCGUGAAUGCUGACACUCAACCGAUCAGUACUCAACAUGAGUUUGACAAGAGCUCAACAACUUAUCAAGUGACAUGGAUUGGUCAUUCCACAUUUUUAAUCCAAUACCGUGGGAUUAACAUCUUGACAGAUCCAGUAUUUGCUGAGAGAUGUAGUCCCGUUUCGUUUUUUGGACCUAAAAGAAUUAAGAAAAUUCCAGUCGAUGAUAUUGCCAAGUUACCUCCAAUUCAUUUCGUUUGUGUGUCACAUAAUCAUUACGAUCAUUUAUGUGAAGCAUCCAUACGUGACCUUCAAAAGUAUCAUGAUCCAAUCAUUUUGUUGCCUUACAAGUGUAAAUAUAAAUGGAUGCAAAGUGGGUAUUUGAAUCAAGAAAAGAUGAAUUCAAAAUUAUAUGAAUUGGAUUGGUGGAAAGAUGUGACUUUUAAGGUUUCUGCAAAACAUGCAAAUAACUCUUUGAUAAGUGUUGAAAGUGAAAUUCGAUUUGAAUUUUUACCAGCUCAACAUUGGGGAUCUAGAAGUUUUGCAGAUCGAAACGAGGCUCUAUGGGGCUCGUGGGGAAUUGAAUUUAAAUCUGUGAUACACAGAGAUGAACAGACGAUUGACAGUGGUAAAAGUGUGAAAUUUUGGCAUGCUGGUGACACGGGUUACAAUUCACAGACAUUUACAGAAAUUGGAAAACGCUUUGGACCCAUUGAUUUAGCGUUUAUUCCAAUCGGAGCAUAUCAUCCAAGGCAGUUUUUGAAGGACCAACAUGUGGAUCCUGAAGAAGCGAUAACCAUUGCUCAAGAAGUUGGUGCAAAGAAAAGCAUUGGAAUGCACUGGGGAACUUUUAUAUUAACACUUGAGCCAGUCAUGGAGCCCAAACAAUUAUUGGAAAAGGGAUUGAUCGAGAGAAAACUCCCCAGUGAUUAUUUCAUUACCAUGAAGCAUGGAGAAACCAUUGUCGGCGUCUUUCAUGAAAAUGUCGAAAUAACCUCUGCCCCAGCAGAGAACAAUGUUUUAGAAAAUCUUAACGAAGAGACGGCAACAAUGGUUCAAGAAUGA